UUCCCUCCCGGUAUAAAAGGCGGGGCGAACAUGACGGCACUUCUUUCACAAGAUGGCCGAGUGCAUGGAGGUGGGUGUUGAAGCAGAGGGGAGUCGCAUGAGGGUGAAACCGGAGGUUACCUCACUCCCUGGUGCCCCAGAUGGAAGUACACCAGUCAAGGCUGAGGCCGAGGACAUGACCUCCAAGGAUUAUUACUUUGAUUCCUAUGCGCACUUUGGAAUUCAUGAGGAAAUGCUGAAGGAUGAGGUUCGCACUUUAACCUACAGAAACUCCAUGUACCAUAACAAGCAUCUCUUCAAGGAUAAGAUAGUCCUGGAUGUGGGAAGUGGAACGGGCAUCCUGUGCAUGUUUGCGGCGAAGGCUGGUGCUAAGAAGGUUAUUGGGAUUGAGUGUUCCAAUAUCUCUGAAUAUGCUGAGAAGAUCAUCAAAGCAAACAACCUGAACCAUGUUAUCACAAUAAUCAAGGGCAAGGUGGAGGAAGUGGACUUGCCAGUGGAGAAGGUGGACAUCAUCAUCAGUGAGUGGAUGGGCUACUGUCUCUUUUACGAGUCAAUGCUGAACACGGUUAUCUACGCACGGGACAAGUGGCUGCGACCAGAUGGGCUGAUUUUCCCUGACCGAGCUGCUUUGUACGUCACAGCCAUUGAGGACCGACAAUACAAGGAUUAUAAAAUCCAUUGGUGGGAGAAUGUCUAUGGUUUUGAUAUGUCCUGCAUCAAGGAUGUGGCCAUCAAGGAACCACUGGUGGAUGUGGUGGAUCCCAAACAGUUGGUGACCAAUGCCUGUCUCAUCAAGGAGGUGGAUAUUUACACAGUGAAGGUCGACGACCUAUCCUUCACGUCGCCUUUCUGCCUUCAAGUCACACGCAAUGACUACAUCCACGCAUUGGUGGCGUACUUCAACAUUGAGUUCACUCGCUGCCACAAGAGGACUGGGUUCUCCACAGCCCCUGAUGCCCCUUACACUCACUGGAAGCAGACAGUUUUCUACAUGGAAGACUAUUUGACAGUCAAGCGAGGCGAGGAGAUCUUUGGGACAGUUGGCAUGAAACCCAACGCCAAGAACAAUAGAGAUCUCGACUUCACCGUGGAUAUUGAAUUCAAAGGGCAGCUGUGUGAAAUGUCCAGUUCCAUCGACUACAAGAUGCGUUAGAUCGGUCUCCGCCCACCACUCCUGACAUACGCACCGUCCACAUCGCACCAUUUGCAGGCUGGAUUGCGACUACUGUAGUAUCCGAUAUGUAGAUAAUCUUGUUUUCAAAGGAAGCUGUUAUUUGGUUGUGCGACUGACAGUUUUUUUCUGAAUCAGUUGACAUCCAUCAGCAUGGUAACUGCUAUGGGGUGGUGGGAGAAAGAGAGAGCACCGAGAAUAAUAGUUGCCACUUGAGUUACUAUGGAACCAUUCUUACGCUGCUUUACUGUUUUUGUUUGCUUUUCAAACAGAAACAUUUUAAUGCAAAUUCCUGACUCUGAUUUUUUUUUUUGAGGGGGGGGCAGUGGUUAAGAUUAGGUCUAGGUUAUCCCAUGGACAGCUGUGAUUUGUUUUUGUUGGGGGGGGGGGGAAGGGAGGAAAUGGUAUUUUAGAUUUCUGCAAGUGGAUCUAAAUUCCCACAUACUCUUUUAGUAACUUGUUUGGGACCUUGUUACUGUUUGAGGAAUGAUUGUCAUCUCUGGCAGAGUGCAUUGUAAAAUACAGUCGUGUUAAAAUGGAUGUUACUGCAGAAGCUGUCUAGAGAGAGAGAGAGAGACGGGGGGGGGGGGGGGGAAGGAAGGGAGAAUCGAGGUGUAAACUGAGAUUCCAAACAAACUCCAUUUGGGCAAAUGCAGUUGGUUUGAAGAAGCUGUUCUUGGUAUUUGUUAGUCAUUUUCCAAAUGUGUUUCCAGUUUUGGAAACCAGAGGCAUAACUACAAAUUCUGUUGUGCCUUUUCUCUCUAGGUUUUGUACGAGUGUUUUGUGUUUCCAAACGCAUCUUGUGUUUAGAAACAUUUGACUUGCUACAAGGCACUUGAUUAUUAACAUGGGCAUCAUGUCCUGACAUUUAUGAUUGAGCAGCUACUGAUUUCCUCGUCCCUCUAAGUUGCCUCUGUCCCCAUUUAAAAGUAGCGUGGCGUAACUAAAUUUAUUUUUAAAGUCUUGAAAUAAUGAAUUUUUCCAAUGACUCGCCCGUCCAUUUAACAUUCUGAAAGUCCCCCACCUUUUUAUGACCGGAACUUUAGAUUUUGGUGUUUCCCAAGGAAUUGCCUCUUAACCUUUCAGCAGUUGUGUGGUGACUCGAGUCUAUUGCGACAUGUCCAUGUACCUCCUGUUCAUUUAUCCUCUGCAAAAAGCUUUUUGUAAAUUCCUCCCUUGCACAUCAGCCCUCCAGGUCUGAAUGUGUGCGGUGUAGGUUUAUGACAGACUCUGUCUUGCAAAUGGCAAGAGUUAAGUGUUACUGUGAAACAUGCCACAGCCAAGCUAAAGGCUUCAUAAUCAUAACUACCGUAGCAACUUUCUUCAUUGGCAUUUGUGGUUCUAGUCAAUUGGAUCACCUGUUCUGAGGCUUGGGGAGAGGGAAGAAUAUUUUGAGCUGUGAUAUUUUAAAUAUUUCCUGUUAGUGGUAGCCUUGUAAAAAAAAAAUUUCCACUAGCAGAAAACAUGUUUAAAAUCCAGAAUGGAAAUGGUUAUGCUUCCCUCCUUCCUCCCAGCACCCCAGAGAAAAAAGAAUACAGCUCCCUUUAUCCCCACAGCUAAAGCUUACAUGUGUUAGGCAGGUAACGAACGGUUGUAGCAGGUGGGAGUUUAAUAAAAGUCAACCUUGACAUGACCCCAGCAUACAUUGACAAUUAUAACCUAGCAAUUAAAAAAGAAUAAUAAUUUAAUUAAAACAUUAUGCUCCUAUGAUUCCUUCUGUAAACAGGAUCUCACUACUAUCAGGGUAGAUUGUAAGCAGGGUUGUAGAAAGCAUUUGAGUCGGGUUGGAGGGAAAUGGGUUGUGCAGAGGCCACAAUAUGGUUUGUUCUGUCACCCGGAGAAGGAAUGUGUCGUGCCCCACUCCCUUGGCUUUUUCAUUUCAUUAUCAUUUCAUCAUGAACCAGUCUCAGUUGCUGCAGCGUUUGGGUAGAGAAAUGAGUUUUGUUAUUUUGGCAAGUUAUUGAGACAAAUAUUUGGCUUGAAACACUGAUGUUUCUCACCCCUUUCCAAUUGGCCUCUACUGUUUCACCAGCCAGCCUUGAAGGCGGAUGUCAUUCAUAAUAGAUGAUUCCUCACCCAACCCUCCAAUUUAAUGCAUGCACACUAAAAUCCAUUACCUUUCCAGCAGGUGCUUUGAGAGUGUGACCAAUGUUGACAAGCACUCCAGCUUGUAGUGACAAGUAUCCAGUUUUGCCCACCUGCAUCUACUCUAUCUGAACCAGAGCCCUGUUGAUUUAUACCUUUCACCCUGUUACUUCAAGUGGCUCAAGCUAGAUGGUCACACUGCUUUCACUGAUGAGAAGAUGCCUGUGACCAAUUGUGCAGGGGAGGAUGGGAUUGCGGGGAAGGGGGGGCUGAGGUGAUGUUAAUUGGCACUGGGUGACUACAUUUUUCAGUGCAAGCCUGACCUGUUAAGUCUGCUCCACGGGUCUGAAUGUGAAACUAGAAACCACUCAGAAUCUUGAGUGCUGCCUUGCUGUAGGCUUUCUUGAUGUGUGGAUAUUGUGUUUUGGAUGUGGACAACAUGAUAUCCAGAGGCUGUAACCCAGCUUUGGAUUGACUGCCAGGAGUGCUGCUCAGACACAGUGCUAAGCAAGGCAUUGUUCACGGAGUCAUCUGCAGUGGGAUGCUGGCAGCUUUAAUUACUGGGCUGCAGUUGCACGACCAGUGUUAACUGAGCCAAACCCAGGUUGUUUAGUGGGCUACUGAGAUAACUCCAUGAAUUGCCUGUGAUUCCUUCUGAGAACAGGAUUAACAGGAUAGAUUGGAAUUGGGGUUGUAGUAUCUGGUGGUAGUUGAGUUUGGCCUGAGACCAGAGCAAUGGGUUGUGCACUGAAUCUACAAUAUGGUUAGGGUUCCUUUUUAAUUGGGAGAAGGAAUGUCGUUCUCAACUCCCUAAGCUUCAUAGGGGCAGUUGCAUUUCCAAAGCUACGUUGCAGUCAUGACAUGUACCUGAAAUCUUUUUAAGUAUUAGUGCAUUGGGACUGUCAUGUUGGUCUUUUAAAACCCCCAAAGUACUGACUGGCAAACAUUGUGGCUGUGUAGUAAAUUAUGUUUUUGUUUUUUUUAUAUAUGGUGACAUUCAUUGAGAAUAAAAAUUUGACUUUA